CCCUCACCCUUCUCAUCCCUCGCCCUUCUCAUCCCUCACCCUUCUCAUCCCUCGACCGUCUCACUCCAGACCUCCCUCCCUCCGCUCACCCCCACCUCGUUCCCCUCCUCUCCCAGUGGGGUGCACCACAGCACCGUUCCUAUGGGAGAACGUGCUGCUAACGGGGGCGUUCACAGCAGCGGCAGCGCCCUUCUAUCGCAGCCCCUCGUCAGCGUCAGCCAGGCAGCUGUUCCGCGCCAGCCUGCUCUUCCUGCCCGCCCUCAUGGCCGCCAUGCUGCUGCACCGCCUCCCCCACCACCCCCUCCCCGCCCAUGCUCUCUCCCCCACCCCCGCGCCCGCACUCACCCAUGCGCUUCUUCCCUCCCACGCUCCUGCAGUGAUGGCAGGUGCAGGCGAGGGUGGGGUAGGGGGAGCAGCAGUGGGAGAGCAUGGGGCGAGGGAGGAGGUGGGGCGGAAGGCAUGGGGGGAGGCCGGGGCCAGGAGGGCAUGGGAGGCAGCAGGGAGUGGCGAGAGGGGCGAGGGCAGGAGGAGGGCGAGUCUUCCUCCAGUGGCGUAUUACUCGGCGGCUCCCUUUCCCUUCCUCCCCGUGCCCCACUAUGCAUGA